CAUGUCAUAUCACGCCCACGUCAAAUUCCCCCACCUUUUACUUCCUCUUCCCAAACAUAGCGCCAAAAUCUAGAGAACCCGAUGGCGAGCUCGUCGUCCGAUGACUUCUCCGUCGUGGUGCUGGCCUCCGACCUCGGGAUCGACGCGCGUCCGUUCCUGCUGAAGCAGCCGGCGGGCUCGCCGCCGCCGCCGCCGCCCGAGGCCGCCGAAGAAGACGACGUUGGCGACGACUGGCACGAUUGCUCUCAGGACCUCUCCCACGACGAGGACUUCUCCGACCUCGAAUUCCUCCAGUUCUUCAGGCUCCAAGGGUCCGACAAGGCCGGCAACCGGAUUUUCCGCAUCGUCGGCAAGUACUUCCCCGCUCCUGUGGUGAGCGGAGAGCGGCUCCGGAAGUAUGUUUUUCAUAAGAUAUGCAGUGAGCUUCCUGAAGGGCCGUUUUGCAUUGUUUACAUGCAUAGUACUGUGCAGAAGGAGGAUAAUUCUCCAGGCAUAUCUAUCUUGAGGUGGAUUUAUGAAGAUCUCCCUAUGGAAAUUAAGGAGAGACUUCAACUUGUCUAUUUUGUCCACCCUGGAAUUCGUUCAAGACUGGUCUUUGCCACCCUUGGUCGAUUAUUCUUAAGUGGAGGGUUAUAUUGGAAAAUCAAGUAUAUAAGCCGCCUGCAAUACCUGUGGGAUGACGUAAAAAAGGGAGAGAUAGAAAUCCCAGACUUUGUCCAAGAGCAUGAUGACAUUCUCGAGCAUAGACCGCUCACAGAUUACGGGAUCGAGCCAGACCCUCUUUAUUUAACCGAGGUGCCUAACACAACCUACCCCUUUGGGAGGUACGAAGACAGAUGGGCAACAAGGGAGUACAUGUCUUGACAAUCAUGAAAAAUUAAGCAGCAAUUACAAGCCGAUGCUAGCUGGGUAUGGGUAAUCAUAUCCAGUUUUGUACAGAAUAACUCUGUCUGGUCACUCGAAUUUUCACUCUGUAAUCCUUUAGCCUUGUCUUGUGGGACUAGUAAUACUAUGAGUCGUGAAAGCAUUACGAUUUUUCCAUUCCGUAAGUGGAGAUUUGCUAGAAUACCUUGCAAUGUAUUCCCCUCUGGUUCUCUAAACUUAUCUACAUACACAUAUGGUGCUUAUAUGUUUGUCUGUAAGCUGCAUCUAUAUUAAGCAGAACCAAUUGCAUA